GUGGUUUCCAUUAUGGAAGGUUGUGUAAAGAUUCUGAAUCAUUAUAGGUGAAAGGGGCCAGGAGGGACUCGUACUUGGGCAAACAUACAUACGGUAUUGAAUAACUUUUUUUUAAAGAUUUCAUCGUCGAUGUAAAUGAUACAAGUCUCCUCCCUUAAACCUUGCAACUGACGGCGUCACCAAGGCAUUUCCUGAUCAAUAAGAAAGAAUGAUACCAUAAUUCAGGUGGACUGUACCCGCCCACAGUAGGAAUGCCAGGUGGAAUGGACUAUGGGGAGUUUGGGGGAAGCCUACCCAACAUCGGCUCUCUGAAUGCAUCCUACUCAACCUCUUUAUCCAUCCCCUCCCCUCACUACCUGCUGGUUCCCCCGGGCAACCGCAGAGUCAUCUCAGACGUCCGGCGGACCUUUUGCCUCUUUGUAACCUUCGACCUCCUCUUCAUCUCCCUCCUCUGGAUUAUUGAGCUCAACAUCUUAAGCACAAUUUGGGAGAACCUUAAGGAGGAGGUCAUCAACUAUAACUUCAAGUCCUCCUUUUUUGACAUCUUUCUCCUGGCUCUUUUCCGUUUCCUGUGUCUACAGUUAGGCUACGCUGCUGUGCGUCUCAGGCACUGGUGGGUUGUAGCGAUUACCACUCUUGUGACUAGUGCCUUUCUCGUUGCCAAAGUCAUCAUUUCCAAUCUCUUUACCCAGAAUCCAUUUGGCUAUGUGUUGCCCAUCACUUCCUUUGUGGUGGCAUGGCUGGAGACCUGGUUCUUGGAUUUUAAGGUGCUCACCCAGGAAGCUGAAGAUGAGAGGGUCUACCUGGCAGCUGUGCACGCAGCUUGUGAACGGGCUCCAAUGAUCUACCCCCGUGCCGUAUCAGACGGCCAGUUCUACUCACCACCUGAGUCCCUGGCAGGGUCUGAAGAGGAUCUGGACGAGGAGGGUCUUGGUCGUAGGGCCAUCACAGCUUCGGAGAAGGAGUAUGUUCGACAGGGCAGAGAGGCCAUGGCUGUAGUGGAACAGAUUUUGACUCAGGAGGAGAACUGGAAGUUUGAAAAAAACAAUGACCUGGGGGACUCGGUGUACACUCUGGAGAUCCCCUUCCAUGGGAAGACUUUCAUCCUGAAGGCCUUCAUGCAGUGCUCAGCUGAGCUGGUUUAUCAGGAAGUCAUCCUCCAGCCGGAGAAGAUGGUGCAGUGGAACAAAACAGUGUCUGGAUGCCAGAUUCUUCAAAGGGUGGACGACAACACCCUGGUGUCGUACGAUGUGUCCUCCGGGGCAGCAGGGGGUGUGGUCUCUGCUAGGGAUUUUGUGAACGUGCGGCGGGUGGAGCGCAAACGAGACCGCUACAUCUCCGCUGGCAUGGCGACCGAGCACGACGGCAAACCCGCGCACAGUCGCUACGUCAGGGGGGAGAACGGCCCAGGAGGGUUUGUGGUGCUCAAGUCUAGUAGUAACCCGUCUGUCUGCACCUUCAUCUGGGUCUUAAACACAGAUCUUAAGGGUCGACUUCCUCGCUACCUCAUCCACCAAAGCCUGGCUGCCACCAUGUUUGAGUUCAUGGGCCAUUUACGGCAGCGCAUCUCCGACCUACGCCCUGCGCACCGCUAAUGUGCUUCCCCGUCUACAGAUUCCACAGCGCCACAGCGGGUUUGGAGGUGCAACUACAACCUUCGGGCACCCAAACGGUUUUUCCCUCAAAGGACAGGAUGUGAGGUGUUGUGGAAAGCCCGAGCGGUUACCUCGUUUGUUUAUAUAAACAUUUUAAGGAGAUGGUCCCUCUGCCAACCUUGUUGCUUUUAGAAACUGUCAUUUUUUUUUUAAUGUAACUAUAACUGUCUUUGCUAUUCUUUUCACUGUGAUGUGAAUGUGAACACUCUCCUCCCAGUAGAGAAACUCGGUUAACCUCUGGCUGGUGAAGGAGGGCUGUUCUACGAGGCAUGAUAAAGGAGCAUGACUUUUGAAAUCGUACAUUUUCCAUUCUCUCUUUAAAGAGGACGGAUGUUAUGACCUUACUGUGUGUGCAUGGACCGAGAGAUGUACCCAAGCUUCCCUGAGCCUUCUUCUACUGCACAUGUUCGCCAUUUAUUGGCAGUGUUUGCUUUGCUUUUGUUUUGUUCCUGAUCACUGUCUUAACCGUGCUGCUCUGGUGCAUCUAGAGACACGGCAUCACACAACCACUACGGUAACAGGCUCUUGGAGUGCUGCAAAAAAGAAUCCUCUCUCUCACACACACACACACACUCUCUCACACUCACAUACACACACUCUCUCACACACACAGUUCGGUCGGCCUGAACUCUCAGGUGGAGGAUUACCAAACAGUCUGACACCUGAAGAGGAAGGACUGCCACUGACGUAGGACACCCAGGAUCUACUGUGAACGGACAUGAAGGAGUUCUAUCUGGAAGGGUUAGGCGACCCCAUCACGUACGACUCAGCCCUUUUAGGUUUGUCAGCCAUGAAGGAAAUCAAGGAUGUUCUAAAUCUCCUUUGUGCCAAUGCAUAGCCUCAAGUGUCCUUUGUAAGAGGAAAGCUGCCAUCACUGAGAGACGAUAACAUUUGUUACUGUACUGGUCGAUGGAUUGCACCAUAUGGAAUAAGCCCUUUACUGCAGUCCUAAUGUGGCAGUAAGCAAAAAUCAUGAAUCUGCUUUUUAAGUAUUAUUAUUGUUUAUUUUGUUAAUAUAUGAAUGGAAUUUAAUUGAGGUUAAGUGAAAUCAUAACAAAUUAAUACUUUGUGAGAAGUCCUCUCCCCCCUCAGCCUUAAUGUUUGGUUUUAUUACGAUACAAAAGGGUCGUUUUGAGUAGUUUCAAUGUCACUGGACACAUAUCGGGCCACAUCAUCUGCAAAUGCCUCUUGGUUCCUUGUAGGUAGGCAACGUUAGGUAGAUCUUGAGCGAACAAGUAUAUUUUUAUACUGCACAUAAAUGACACUUUAAUUGUAAAAUGUGUUGUCUUGACAAGGUCAUUAAGUUCCCAGUUCAAACAGUCUAAAUCGGAUUGUACCAUAGUAAAUGACAAUUUCCAUGAGAUUAGCUAUUUUGAGGUUUCUCAAACCAUAAGCAGUUGGGAAAAACACUGAUCAUAGACUGUCUAUGACUGAUUAACUUUAGGUGCCUUUUGUUUUUUUUUCUUUUAAUAAAAUCUAAGUGGUCAUACCUUUGCUUUACAUUUUAGCCAAAGGUAUUUUAAAGCUGCAUAGAUAUUUUUGUUUUGUAUGUUUGGUUUUCAUGACUACAAAAAGUUUUAUAAUUGUUUCACAUUUAAAAAGUUAAUUCAUUUCACAAGCUUUCACUGGAACACAGAACAGCAACUUUGUUAUUGAACUGGAUAUAAAACUAAUAAAAUGU